UGCUGCCCAGCUGCUUCGGGGGGGAUGAGCAGGAGCCGGCGGCAGAGCCCGGGCUGCGUGGCCCGCGGAGAGCUGCUUGGGUCACAGAAGAAGGAGAAGAGGCUGCUGAUCCACCAAGCCCUCACGAAAGACCCCGUGGACGUGGAGAGCCUGCGGGAGGCAGCGCUCAGCCAGGGGGGUCUGCUUACAGAUGAGAUCCGCAGGAAGGUCUGGCCCAAACUGCUUGGUGUGAAUGUGUACAGCCUCCCACCCAAGCCAGGGAGGGAAGUGCGUCACAACCACAAAGAUUAUAACCAGGUCCUUCUGGACGUGCAUCGUUCCUCCCGCCGCUUCCCCCCAGGCAUGCGCUCAGACCAGCGGCAGGUUCUGCAGCAGCAAUUGACCGAUGUCAUCCUGCACGUCCUGAAGGCCCACCCAGAGCUGCACUAUUACCAAGGGUACCACGACAUCGCUGUGACGCUGCUGCUGGUGUCCAGCGAGCGCAUGGCCGUCGCUUUGCUGGAGAGGCUCUCUACGCUGCACCUCAGGGACUUCAUGGACCCCACCAUGGACAGCACCAAGCACAUCCUCAACUAUCUGAUGCCCAUCUUGCAGCGCGAGAGCCCUCGGCUCCACGACUUCAUGCAGAGAGCGGAGGUGGGGACAAUCUUUGCCCUGAGCUGGUUGAUCACUUGGUACGGCCACGUCCUGUCCGACUUUCACCACAUCCUGCGCCUCUAUGACUUCUUCCUGGCCUCCCACCCACUCAUGGCUGUCUACUUUGCCGCUGCGAUCGUCCUGUACCGGGAAGAGGAGGUGCUGGCCUGCGACUGUGACAUGCCCAGUGUCCAUCAGCUCCUGUCCCAGAUCCCUCCGGACCUGCCUUAUGAGACCCUCGUCGUCCGAGCCCACCAGCUCUUCCAGCGGCUGCCCCACACUGAGCUGGCCAAGCAAGCAGCCCUUCAGCACCACAAGAGCAUCGCCAUCGGCUCGUUCUUGGCAUUCCAGCAGGCCGCCUCCUGCCAGCGCCCAGACACCGUCCUUCGACAGCAGCAAGAGCACUUGGCACCCAGCAGGGCAGAGACAGGCCCGCUCCUCCCCCCAGCAGAGCACAGCCCCCUGGUGAAGGCAGCCGUCUGGGGGAUCACAGCCACCCUGGGGGCGGCAGCGCUGGCUGUCACACAAACUGCCUUGGAGUGGGCCCCGGAAUUCCUCCUGCAGCUCUUCUAGCAUCGGGCGCGAUUUCCGCAAUGAACAAACAGCACCAAAGAGUCCAGAUUCCCUGGAAUGCUCUGACGGAUGCAAGGCAGACUGAACGCAGGCCCACGGCCCAUCCUGGCUGCUGCCAAGUGAGACCCGUGGGCCAGCCGUGCGCGCCUGCUUCGGUGGCACUGAAGCCCAACUCCAGAGCCGAGAAUUCCAGGAAGAGGAGUGGGCUUCCUGCCUGCACAGAGCUGUCACUGCCAGGAGCAUUUGCUCCCAGAGCAGCACUGCCACGCCCCUUCCUUGUGUGUGUGUGUGCAUGCGCAUGCAUGGCUUCGCAUGGGCUACAGGUGGUAAACUGCUUCGGUCUGAACAUUGCCCAGAACUUAACCCACCCCAAACUGAUGGUCACCCAGGCAGCUUCCUCCUAGGUGAGGUCUUGGCCAGCUUGUAAGACAGCAGAUUUCUCGUGCCCCACAGUAGAAGGCUCUAUGGCAGGAAAGCGUUGGCCGGGGCAAGAUGGGGCUGAUGAAGAGAGCUGUGGUUCUUGAAAGCUAGCGAUGCAUCUGACGAAGAGAGCUGUGGUUCUCAAAAGCUUAUGCUACAAUAAAGCGGGUUAGUCUUCAAGGUG